GAGGACUGAGGACGCGAGCGCGCGAGGGGGCGAGAUAGUAAUACAAGGUAUAUCUAGUCGCCGCCCGCCUGAACGCUAGAAUAGACACAGACAACCUGUUUUAGAUCUACCUUGGAUGAUGUUGGCUUUUGUAGCAAUAACAGUGCUCUUGGGCGCUCUACAGGGAGCUGACUCACAGCCGGAUGCAGAGUCGCUUGCUGGGCGAGUGAGAGAAGCACUGGUUUUGGCCGCCGAUUCCAUCAACUCUGCAGAUGCCGUGGAACGCUCCCCUGAUGAGGAAACGUCAGUUGACCCAGACGACAUCCCGGGGGAUGACUGGGACAACGGGGGUUGGGGGAACGGUGACGUCAGUCGAGAUGUCAGUGGGAAAGCCAAUGGUGAAAAGACAGAAACGUGGUCAAUAGGCAACGGAGAAAGCAUUGAAAUUAGCCAGCUGGGCGAUGAAGACAGCACGAAUGACGAGUGGUGGGGAGUUUAGUCACGUCACGUCGCGUCACGUCACGUCACGCCACAUGAGGUUGUUUAUCACCAUCGCAUGAUUACGAUUUGAAUAAACAUAUUCCUGUUUAUCAAUA